AAAAACAUAUCUGGCAUCUUUCUGAAGAUAAUUAACUGAAAAUGGGUGAUAAUACUUCAAAUGAGGACUGUCUUGGAUGGGCAGCAAGAGAUUCUUCUGGUUUACUCUCUCCUUUCAAAUUCAGCCGCAGGAGUAUAAACACUGAUGAUGUUUCUCUCGAUAUUACCCAUUGUGGAGUUUGUUAUGCCGAUGUUAUCUGGACAAGGAACAAACUUGGAUUCACAAAAUAUCCAAUUGUUCCUGGACAUGAGAUUGUGGGUAUUGUAAGGGAGAUUGGUUCGAGUGUGGAACGUUUCAAAGUUGGGGAAAGAGUUGCGGUUGGAACUUAUGUUGAUUCAUGUAGAGAAUGUGAUUAUUGUAAUGAUGGUUUAGAAGUUUAUUGCUCUAAAGGUACAACUCUUACAUUUGAUGGGAUUGAUAGAGAUGGUUCUGUUACUAAGGGAGGAUAUUCAACUUACAUUGUUGUUCACGAAAGAUAUUGCUUCAAAAUACCCGAGAAUUAUCCAUCGCAUCUAGCCGCUCCAUUGCUUUGUGCUGGAAUAACAGUAUACUCUCCAAUGAUUCGACAUAAAAUGAACCAACCUGGAAAGACCCUUGGCGUAAUUGGCCUUGGAGGAUUGGGACACUUGGCAGUGAAGUUUGGAAAGGCCUUUGGAUUGAAUGUAACCGUUUUAAGCACAAGUAUAUCCAAGAAAGAAGAAUCCUUGAAUCUUCUAGGAGCAGACAAAUUCGUAGUUUCAUCCGAUGAAGAGCAAAUGAAUGCAACUGCUAAUUCGCUUGAUUUUCUGAUCAAUACUGCUUCGGGUGAUAUACCAUUCGACCAAUACCUAUCGUUGCUGAAAACAGCUGGUGUUCUUGUUCUUGUUGGGUUUCCUAGUGAAGUGAAAUUUCAUCCAGGAAGUCUAAAUAUGGGUAUGAAGACAAUAUCUGGAAGUAUAACAGGAGGAACAAAAGAAACUCAGGAAAUGUUGGAGUUUUGUGCAACUAAUAAGAUUUAUCCAGAGACUGAAAUUGUUCCUAUUCAGUAUUCAAAUGAAGCUAUUGAAAGGAUGAUAAAUAAGGAUGUUAAGUACAGGUUUGUCAUUGAUAUCGCCAAUUCUCUCAAGUAGAUUUGGGAAAAAGAUGUAAAAGAUGAUUUAAUAUUUUGAAAUGUACAAGGAAUAAAGUGAGAAUUUUCUUACUUUUCUUUGUUUAUGGUUUGAAUAAUUUGUUGAAAUAUGUACUAAGUUAUUCUCAUAUUUGUAAUGAAAUACUCUUUUUCUUUAU